CUCCAUCAUUGUGUCCACAGGAGCAGCACUAGAGAGACAAACCUCGUUUACCUUUAAUAACCUAACCCGUGUCAUUUCACACUGAAACCACCGCUACAUUCGGCAAAGGAGGACCUCUGAAUUAUGAAGCAAUGCUCCGCUGGACCCUCUUUGUCCUGCUCUAGUUACCACAACUCCUGCUGCUCUACUGCAGCCGAGAGCGCUUCUGCUGCUGCUAGUGGUUUGGCUGCCUCCUAAAGGGACAAAAAGGAGAAUUUGCAGUCCUCAUCAGCUGUUGUCUAGUCACAUAUGGUGCAUCGUUUGCAUUCCCGAGUCGACAUCCCUACCGCUCAGCUUCUUGCCAGCCUGUGGCACUGUGGUUCAUCAACACAGGAUAUUAAUAAGCGUGUGCAUUUGUUUUGCCUGGAUUGCACACGCUAAAAGUCUAUUUUUUUUUUUAGUUUUUCCUCUCCACUGCCACACGGGUGGUGGCAGGACAUCAUAGGCCAUGGAGCCCAAUAUGGAGUACUGUCUGACCCAGGUGCUACAGAAGGAUGUGGCCCGCAGGUUGCAGAUGGGUCCCGAGCUCAUCGACUACAUCACAGAUGCAGACAAGUGUCACGACCUGGAGAGUGACCAGACAGCGCUGGAUAAAAUGGUGGACGGUAUCGCCACCUCUUGGGUUAACUCCAGCAACUUCAAGUUGGCUUUGUUGGGAAUGGACCUGCUUUCUGCCUUAGUGACGAGAUUACAGGACCGAUUUCGGCCCCAAGUUGGUACAGUUUUACCCAGCUUGAUAGAUCGGUUAGGCGAUGCCAAAGAUCAAGUCAGAGACCAAGAUCAAACCCUGCUGCUGAAGAUCAUGGAGCAGUCAGCUACUCCUCAGUACAUAUGGGACCGAAUGUUGGGGGGUUUCAAACACAAAAACAACCGGACCAGAGAGGGAGUCUGUCUCUGUCUCAUCUCAACUCUGAACAUAUACGGUGCCCAAGGCUUAACCCUGAGCAAAAUUGUACCACAUAUAUGUAAUCUACUCGGAGACCCCACAAGUCAGGUUCGGGAUGCGGCUAUGAACUGCCUUGUGGAAAUAUACAGACAUGUUGGAGAGAAGGUUAGAAUUGACCUUAGCAAAAAAGGACUGCCGCAAUCAAGGUUGAAUGUAAUUUUCAGCAAAUUUGAUGAAGUCCAAAGAUCUGGGAACAUAAUCCUCUCCUCAGGUUCAGGUAAGGACAGUGUCAGUGCAGGAGCUGUGGAUGUAGAGGAUUUUAUCAAGACUUUUGAAGAUGUACCUGCAGUGCAGAUAUAUUCCAGUAAGGAGUUGGAGGACUCCAUGAAUAAGAUCCGUGAAAUUCUGUCAGAUGACAAGCAAGACUGGGAACACCGUGUCACUGCUCUGAAGAAAGUGCGGUCACUGCUUCUGGCUGGUGCAACCGAACACGAGGGUUUCCUUCAACAUCUCCGGCUUUUAGAAGGUGCCUUCAAGUUGUCGGCUAAAGAUCUUCGGUCCCAAGUGGUUCGAGAAGCCUGUAUCACAUUAGGGCAUCUGUCUUCAGUGCUGGGGAAUAAAUUUGAUCACGGGGCUGAAAGCAUCAUGCCUACGCUACUCAACUUGGUGCCCAACAGCGCCAAAGUUAUAGCCACAUCUGGAGUGGCAGCCAUCCGACUCAUCUUGCGACAAACACACUUCCCACGCCUUAUCCCGAUCAUCACCAGCAACUGCACUUCUAAAUCUGUGGCUGUUCGAAGACGGUGUUUUGAGUUUUUAGACCUGUUAUUGCAAGAAUGGCAGACACACACUCUAGAGAGGCAUGUGGCGGUUCUCACUGAGACCAUCAAGAAGGGGAUCCAUGACGCUGACUCAGAGGCCAGAUCUGUGGCCAGAAAGUGUUACUGGGGAUUCCAUGGCCAUUACAGUCGAGAGGCAGAGCACCUGUUUCAGGCGUUGGAGUCGACCUAUCAGAAAGCCCUCCAAUCUCACCUCAAGAGUUCUGACAGCAUAGUGUCUCUACCGCAGUCUGACCGCUCCUCCUCAAGCUCACAGGAGAGCCUCAAUCGACCGCUGUCAGUGAAGAGUGUCAUUGGAGGCCCUGCUACAAGAAGUAAAGUGAUCAGCUCUAGGGUGUCCUCAACCCCUGGUGCCCUCCAGCGUUCCCGCAGCGACAUAGACGUGAAUGCCGCCUCCAGUGCCAAAUCUCGCAUGUCCACUGCAACCUCCCCAUCUCCCUUGAGCUCUGCUGCAGCUCUGCCUCCAGGCUCCUACGCCUCCCUGGACGGUGCACCUGGUAAAAUAGAUGGUCGUGUGCGGACGAGAAGGCAGAGCUCAGGGAGUACGGUCAGCGCCAACAGCACUGUUACAGACAGCCGUGGUCGAAGCAGAGCUAAAGUGGUCUCUCAGUCCCAACGAUCCAGAUCAGCUAACCCCACUAGUGCCGGCAGCCGGUCCAGUUCUCCAGGGAAGCUCUUGGGACACGCAUAUGGCAGAAUUCCAAGGGCCACUGCACCAUCAACACCCUCAGACAAAUACUCGAGGAUCCCAAGAAGCCAGGGAUGCAGCCGUGAAACCAGCCCCAGCAGAUUGGGCAUAGCCAGGCUGUGUGGUAAAGCUCUUCUUCCUGCCACUUCUUCCUAUCGCACGCUAGCCCGGAGCAGUCGCAUCCCCCGCCCCAGCAUGAGUCAGGGGUGCAGCCGUGACACCAGUCGCGAGAGCAGCCGUGACACAAGCCCCACUCGGGGCUUCACUCCUCUUGCCUCCCGACGUCACUCUCGCUCCACCAGCGCGCUGUCCACGGCCGAACACGUGGGCCAGUCAGAUCGCUUUGGCCUGAUCCAUCAGGCUCGCAUUUCUGCAUCUGUCAAUGCUAUGAGGGUGCUCAAUACUGGCACAGAAGUGGAGGCUGCUGUGGCUGAUGCUUUGCUGUUAGGAGACUCCAGGAAUAAGCGCAAGCCUUUGAGAAGGAGGUACGAGUCUGAUGAUGAUGCCAACAGCGACGCAUCCAGCGCCUGCUCAGAGCGUUCCUAUAGUUCCCGUAAUGGAGGCAUUCCUCACUACCUGCGUCAGACAGAGGACGUUGCUGAGGUGCUAAACCACUGCGCCAGUUCCAACUGGUCUGAGAGGAAGGAGGGCCUGCUGGGUUUGCAGAACCUGCUAAAGAGUCAGCGCAUUCUCAGCCGUGUGGAGCUCAAGCGGCUAUGUGAGAUCUUCACCAGGAUGUUUGCAGAUCCUCACAGCAAGAGAGUGUUUAGCAUGUUCCUGGAGACUCUAGUGGAUUUCAUCACUGUACACAGAGAGGAUCUCCAGGACUGGCUCUUUGUACUGCUCACUCAGCUGCUGAAGAAAAUGGGAGCUGACCUCUUAGGCUCAGUCCAAGCUAAGGUCCAAAAGGCUCUGGAUGUCACAAGGGAGUCUUUCCCCUUCGACCAACAGUUUAACAUACUAAUGAGAUUCAUUGUUGAUCAGACUCAAACCCCCAAUCUAAAGGUGAAGGUGUCCAUCCUGAAAUACAUUGAGUCCCUAGCACGGCAGAUGGACCCUGCAGACUUUGUGAACUCAAGUGAAACAAGAUUAGCUGUGUCUCGCAUUAUCACCUGGACCACUGAACCCAAGAGCUCUGACGUUAGAAAAGCUGCCCAGGUGGUGCUGAUCUCACUCUUUGAGCUGAACACUCCUGAGUUCACCAUGCUGCUGGGUGCUCUGCCUAAAACUUUCCAGGAUGGAGCCACCAAGCUCCUGCAUAGCCAUCUGAAGAACUCAAGCAACACCAGCAGUGUGAGUUCACCGAGCAAUACAAUGGGCCGCACGCCACCCCGGCACCCCACCAGCAGGACUAGUCCUCUCACCUCGCCCACAAAUUGCUCCCACGGGGGUCUGUCACCCAGUCGGUUAUGGGGUUGGAGUGUCGAUGGGCUCUUAAAGCACCCUUCUCCCUCUCCUCCUCCUCCUCCUACUCCUCCGUCUCACCCCUCUAUUCCUGCCGGCCCCUCCCUCAGGGCCUUCCGCUGCGCGCUCUCACCAAGUAUGCUGGAGUAUGACACAGAGAACAUGAAUUCUGAUGAGAUCUUUAGCUCGCUGCGCGGUGUCACAGAAGCCAUCCAGAGCUUCAGUUACCGCAGCCAAGAGGACCUGAAUGAGCCAAUCAGACGCGAUGGGAAGAAGGAUGAUGCUGCUGGGAAGGAAGGGUCCUCUCUGGGGUCUGAUGCAAGACUGGGUUUGGAUGUAAUGGAAGGGGGUCGAACCGCUUUGGAUAACAAGACAUCUUUGCUUAACACACCGUCCCCGCGGUCUUUCGCUGUGCCGCGGUCAAGGGAGUUCGCACCCUAUGGCUAUGGAGACACGAUCACGGCCUAUGACAAAAGCGCCCUGAAGGAGGCCAUUUUUGAUGACGACGUGGAGCAGUUUCGAGACUGCCGUCGGCAAGACUGUGGUGAGAACAAGAUGGUGCUGCCCAAGGGCUUUACUCCUGAUCUCGUGGCAGACUUACUGAAGGAGUUGUCUAAUCACAAUGACCGAGUGGAGGAGAGGAAGGGGGCUUUGAUCGAGCUGUUGAAGAUUGCUCGUGAGGACAGCCUGGCUGUGUGGGACGAACACUUCAAAACAAUCCUAUUGCUGCUAUUGGAGACACUCGGGGACAAGGAUCACACUAUCCGUGCUCUGGCGUUACGGGUUCUGAAGGAGAUUCUGAGGAACCAGCCAGCACGUUUCAAGAACUAUGCAGAACUCACAAUCAUGAAGACACUAGAAGCCCAUAAGGACUCUCAUAAAGAGGUGGUUAGGGCGGCUGAAGAGGCUGCCUCUACGUUGGCUAGCUCCAUUCACCCAGAGCAAUGCAUCAAAGUGCUGUGUCCCAUCGUACAGACUGCAGACUAUCCCAUCAACCUAGCUGCUAUUAAGAUGCAGAGCAAAGUGGUUGAGCGCAUUGCCAGGGAGUCGCUGCAUCAGCUGCUGCCAGAUAUCAUCCCUGGCCUCCUACAAGGCUAUGAUAACACAGAGAGUAGUGUUCGCAAGGCCAGCGUGUUCUGUUUGGUGGCCAUCUACUCUGUGAUUGGUGAGGAGCUGAAGCCACACUUGGCCCUGCUCACGGGCAGCAAGAUGAAGUUGCUAAAUCUGUAUAUUAAGAGGGCCCAGACCACUAACAGCAACAGCAGCAGUUCUUCAGACAUGUCGUCUCACAGCUAGCCGGAUGUACUCUAAUCAGUGCCCUACACGUGCAUUUGGGAACAUAGUUGUGCCUCCUCCAGAAUCCUUUUUUUUUUUUUUUUUUUUUGCUUCAUCACAGUGUUGCUGGAUUUUCUCAGAGAGAUAUGUUGCUCACUGCAAUCAGACUUUUCUUUUCAUCCAGCUCCUGGAAACCUCUUAGUGUCUCAUGCAUCUUUCCAUCUGUGAAACAUUGAAUGUAAAGAGGUUCGGAUCGAGAAAAAUGCAUGCCGGCUUUUUGAUAGGGAACAGAUCUUUCAUGAUUGGCAUUGCUUCCAUAAUUGGAGCAAACAAGCUAUCUUCAGCUUCUGAAGAGGCGAUUCGUUAACUAAAUUUAUUAGUAAUAACUUAUUCUUGUUUGCAAGGGGUGUUAAAGGUUUAAUUGAGGUAUUAGGAUAUUUUAAAUGGACACAUUUGGGUUAACUAAUACAUCACUUGAAUUUCAAUUAAUGCUAGUGGAUCAUUUGGCUGGCCGAGUGAUAAAUGUAAAGAAAAUAGAAAAAUGUAAGUAAUUUGUAGGUUUGGCUACAAUGACAACCCCCCCCCUCAAAAAAAACGUAGGAUUAAAACAUUCUUAUAUUCAUUUUUAUUUCAUGGGACCGCAAUACCACAUCCCAUAAUGUUGAAAGGGUAGGAAAUUGUUUGUUUCCAAGUCUUUAAGAAGGCUAAUGUAAAGCAAUUGUGUUGAUUUUAUUAUAGGAUGGAUUAGGUGUUAAAAAUGUGGGCCACACUACAGAAUACAAGGACAAACUUCUGAAUGUAGAGCUAUUCCUCUCAUCUUUGGGCAAAAAAGCGAAGGGUUUUGCGAGUAAACAUGCAAGCCACAACACACUUGGACAUUUAAAAGUUCACACUCAGUGGAGCUGGAAACAUGACCAGGGGCAUCUUCAGACAAGAAACUGAAUGAAAUCAAACUGAGUUACACUUUGUUCUUGUAGCAAGAGGAUUGUGAUGGAAAUUUCAAAAUUACUAUGCCUUACGUCCCUUUUUCUGUUUUCAAAACUCAGACUGUUAAAUACAUGUCCACAGGCAUUCGUACUACACUGCUAAAGCAUGUCUACGACGCUACUAAUGAAAACCCUCUAAUCUGGCUCAAGAACUAGAGGUCUGAACUCUUUCUUUUUCCUUGUUCAUCUGGAGAUUUUUUUCCAUCUGAUGAUAAGUGCUGGGCGUUUAGUGUUUUGUACAUACCUUUCAAUCAUUGCUUCUCCCCCGCCCCCACCCCCCCACACAAAAUUAAGGUAAAAAUGGUAUUGCACUCUUUUGCACGUUAACAAAUAGCCUGCAUGUUUUGAUGACGUAACCAUCCUGUGCUGCCAUGACUGACCUAGGUUUGGCUGUUUAUGCCACAUCAGCGGUCUGGUCGGUCUGUAAAUACAGUAUUAUUAUUGUUAUUAUUAAUAUGUUGCCCAGGUGGGGAAGUAGACAAGUGCAAAGCUCAAAUGGGUCUCACAGAUUUGACCAAAAUGUCUGUUUGUCCUCAGGCUGGGAACCAGACCAUAUUAGAAAUUAAGAACAGACAUUUGAAAGCACCCUACUUUCCUUAAGUAUUAUAUACUGGGGCAUGUGGCUUUUAUUGGUAUGCUAAGUGUGUGUACCCUUGUUUGAUGCAGC